GGCGGCGCGGCGGCGGCGGCGGCGGUGGCGGCGGCGGCGGCGGCGGCGGCGGCGGUGGAGGAGGGGAGGCGGCGCGGAGGCGCAGCGACUGCCGCGCGGCCACCGACGCUGCGGAGCGAGCCUACCCGCCCCGGAGCUCGCCUCCCGGCGCUCGCCCUCCCUCCCCGCCCCCCCAGCGGCGCUGCCUCCUCCAAAUGAGCGAUUCGCCCGCUGGAUCUAACCCAAGGACACCCGAGAGCAACGGCAGCAGCGGCAGCGGCAGCGGCGGCGGCGGCAAGAGGCCGGCGGGGCCGGCGGCCGUGUCCCUCUUGCCCCCGGCGGACCCUCUGCGCCAGGCGAACCGGCUCCCGAUCCGGGUCCUGAAGAUGCUGAGCGCUCACACCGGCCACCUCCUGCACCCGGAGUACCUGCAGCCGCUGUCCUCCACGCCCGUCAGCCCGAUCGAGCUGGACGCCAAGAAGAGCCCCUUGGCGCUGCUAGCCCAGACCUGCUCGCAGAUCGGCAAGCCCGACCCGCCGCCCUCGUCCAAGCUCAACUCGGUGGCCGCGGCAGCCAACGGGCUGGGGGCGGACAAGGACCCCGGGCGCCCGGCCCCGGGCGCGGCCUCGGCGUCGGCGGCGCUCAAGCAGCUGGGGGACGUCCCGGCCGAGGACAAGUCCAGCUUCAAGCCCUACUCCAAGGGCGCCGCCGGGGGCGGCGACUCCCGCAAAGACAGCGGCUCCUCCUCGGUGUCCUCCACCUCCUCGUCGUCCUCCGCGUCCCCGGGAGACAAGGCGGGCUUCCGGGUGCCCAGCGCCUCCUGCCCUCCCUUCCCCCCGCAUGGAGCGCCCGCCUCCGCCUCGUCGUCCUCGUCCUCGCCCGGCGGUUCCCGCGGCGCUUCCCCGCACCACUUGGACUGCAAGAACGGCGGCGGCGGCGGGGAGCUGGACAAGAAAGACCCGGAGCCCAAGCCCAGCCCGGAGCCGGCGGCCGGGAGCCGCGGCGGCGGCGGGGAGCCCGGCGCCCACGGCGGCGGCGCCGAGCCCGGGGGCUCCGGACGCAAGUCGGAGCCGCCCUCGGCCCUGGUGGGGGCCGGCCACGUGGCCCCCGUGUCGCCCUACAAGCCCGGCCACUCCGUGUUCCCUCUGCCGCCCUCCAGCAUCGGCUACCACGGCUCCAUCGUGGGCGCCUACGCCGGCUACCCGUCGCAGUUCGUGCCUGGCUUGGAUCCUAGCAAGUCUGGGCUGGUGGGAGGCCAGCUGUCGGGGGGCCUGGGGCUGCCGCCGGGCAAGCCUCCCAGCUCCAGCCCGCUCACCGGGGCCUCGCCGCCCUCCUUCCUGCAGGGAUUAUGCCGCGACCCCUACUGCCUGGGCGGCUACCACAGCGCCUCGCACCUGGGCGGCUCCAGCUGCUCCACCUGCAGCGCCCACGACCCCGCCGGGCCCAGCCUGAAGGCCGGGGGGUACCCGCUGGUGUACCCCGGGCACCCGCUGCAGCCCGCCGCGCUCUCGUCGAGCGCCGCGCAGGCCGCGCUCCCGGGCCACCCGCUCUACACCUACGGCUUCAUGCUGCAGAACGAACCGCUGCCGCACAGCUGCAACUGGGUGGCGGCCAGCGGGCCGUGCGACAAGCGCUUCGCCACCUCGGAGGAGCUGCUCAGCCACCUGCGGACUCACACGGCCCUGCCGGGCGCCGAGAAACUGCUGGCCGCCUACCCCGGGGCCUCGGGCCUGGGCAGCGCCGCCGCCGCCGCGGCCGCCGCCGCCGCCUCCUGCCACCUGCACCUCCCGCCCGCCGCCCCCGGCAGCCCCGGCGCGCUGUCGCUGCGGAGUCCACACACUUUGGGGCUGAGCCGGUACCACCCCUACGGCAAGAGCCACCUGUCCACGGCCGGGGGCCUGGCCGUGCCGUCCCUCCCCGCAGCAGCCGGACCCUACUACUCACCGUACGCGCUGUACGGACAGAGACUCGCCUCGGCCUCGGCGCUCGGAUACCAGUAACCACCGGGGGGCCCCGCCCCGCCCCGCCGGCCUCCCCCCCCCCCCCCCCCGCCCCCGCCCCGCGGCCGCCGCCACCUCCGCCAGCCCCCGCCGGGAGCCCAGCCCGCCCGCCCGACCCCCCCCCUCCCCGCCAGACUGUGUAUUUAUUUACCGUCGUGUUUGCUCACAAGCUGGGGGUGGGUGUCGGCGAACCCGCAGCCCACGGGAGUCAAUGGUAUCCAAAAAAAAAAAAAAACACGUCCACGUCUCUCCCAAAUAAUAAUAUUAACCGCAUCGACGACUACCUGACCGCCCCCACCGCCGUCCCUUUUGCUUUUCUUAGGUAUCAGUUUUAAAUUUGUGUUCCUUUGGGGCUUUUUUGUUGCUGUUGCUGUUGUUUGUGUUUGGUUCUUGGGU